AUGAAUAAGGAAGUUCAUCAAUGUGCUCCUGUUACAGCAUUUGUCAAUAGGUGUGCCUGGCCUUUAUUUAUAGCAAUUAGGACACUUUUGAAGACGGUACUUAGUCAGAAAGCACUUGCAAACCUUGUUAUCGCAUAUGUUGUAUUGUGGUAUAUAAAUCCAUCAGAUUGUUUAGCUGAAAGAAUAUAUGGUAUUAAAGGUAAUACUGAAUAUAAUGGUAAUUUUACUUAUCAACUUGAAGAGAGCAAUGUCCUUAUUCCACAUGUCGAUGAAUCUAAUCAAUCUGAAUCUAAGAAAGAUGAUGAAUUAGAUGAAAUACUUGUAAAAUAUCCUUUACUAGAAGAUGAUGAAAUAGAUAAUAUUAGUGAAAAUAUAGAAAAAGAAACAAUAAAUAAUAUAAAAGAUAUGAAUUUGACAAACCAAGAUGGGAAGAAGAUAUACUCUACCCCAUUAACUCCACCAUCUACUUCAUCUUUUUCUUCUGUAUCAUCUUCCACAACAAUUACAGACUCUAUAUUUAAUUUAAACCCUACUUUUGAGAAACCAUAUCAAGAUGCUUCACCUUCUAAAUGUUAUAUUUUAUCUACAAGUGGCGGAGGAGCUAGAGGAUCAUUUUCAGCAGGUUUAAUUCAUGGCUUAAGUUUAUUAUAUCGAUAUCAUAGUAGAAAAUUGAGAUGGGAUGUAUUUUCUGGUGUAUCAAUUGGUAGUUUGAAUACUUAUUGGAGUCAAUUUUACAUGCAAGGUCAAGAAGUUCAUACUUCUACUGAAUCAGCUUCUGUAUGGGAAAAUUUUUCAUAUAAAAAUGUUCACAAUUGUAAAGGUACAAUAUUUAAGAAUAUACCAAAGUGGUUAUUUAGACUUAUAAAGAAUGGAACUCGUACGAAAGGUUAUUUAUGCUCUUCUUAUCCAAUGUUAUUGUUUAUGCGUCACUUAACCCAGAAUAGACCUAGAUAUAAGGAAAGAUACUGGAGUGCAGUAGCUUAUAAUUACAACUUAACAUUGCCAUAUUUUUUUAAUGAAGAGAUACCAAUUGGAUUGUUACCCUCUAUUAUUCGUACAGGAUCAUCAUACCCAGGUUUUUUUCCUCCAGCAGAUUUACCUGGUUUAGGUAUAUUUGGUGAUGGAGGUUUAUCUAGACUUCUUGACAUUAGAAAUGCAAUACAUAGGUGUUUUCAAAGUGGAAGAGCGAAAACUGAUAAAGAUAUUGUUAUAGAUAUAGUUUCGACUUCUUAUAUUAGCCAUGAACAUUUUCCUUCAAUGAGGAUUCCAACUACAGUAAGUAUGUUUGAAGGUAUUGGAUGGUAUUUUAAUAGAUAUUCUGGAGUUAGUACUUUUCAACAAUAUGAAAUUGUACAAGCUUUGAGAAGAUAUCCAAAUAUUAAAUUUCGUCACUUUUUGUCUCAUCUUGAUGCUCCUAAUUCGAUUAUUCAUAAAAUUAAUUUAUUUGAUUUUAUACCAGAUUUACUUAAAACUUCAUUAUGGGAGGGUAUUUAUUCUGGAUUUUACAAUGCAACUACUUUAAAGGAUUUCUGGAGGAGUAUAGAAAUAGAUAAUACUCCCGAAGCGUCUUGGAGAAUAUAUGGUGAUGCUAGAAUUAAUCUUCCUAAUUCUGCUAGUGAAGUCUCUAAUCCAGAUACUGAUGCAUAUGUUGAAUAUCCAUCUCUUAAAGAGAUUGAAUAUAGUGUUCCCCCAACUGUAGAAUUUAUUAAUCAAUCAAAUAUACAAAGUUCAAUGAAUGAGAUUACAGAGAUGGAGAACAUACAAUUUAAUGAUGAUAAUUCUAAUCAUAAUUAUACUCAAUUUAAUGAAACAAAGUUUAUUAAUAAUAUAAUUGAACUUCAUAGAAACUUGUUAGUAUUUAGAUACAUCGAAAAUAUUAGAGAAUUUGUACGUGAACGUGAUGAAGUAAUAAUGAGACGAAAUGAAAAUAUGAAUUUAAGUCAUAAUAUUGGAUUAAAAAAAGAUUUUUCUGAUGAAAUCGAAAGUAUCCCCUUUUUUAAGCCAUCAAAACUUUAUCUAUAUAAUAUAGAAACAGCUAUGAAUUAUGCUAAUACUGUUAGGAAAUCUUUUCAUUCGAGAUUUUAUUCUAAAGUAAAAUUUCGGAAAGUAAAAAGAAACGAAGUUAGAAUAAAAAAGAUAAGUCUUGACAUAGCUACAAAAAUUUUCAACUAUUAUCAUCAGAAAAUACAAUCACUAUAUAAUGAAUACAAUAUAUUAAUGGAACCCUUAAAUAAUAUUUAUCAUACUCUCUUUGAUUGGACAAAAAAUUGUACAAACUCUAAGCAAAAUAGAAGAUCUUCAAGAGGAAGAGCAUCGCAAAUUCCACUUUUGUAUCCUUUUAUGGAAGGUAAAGAUGGUUUUUCUUUAAUUUGGGCUCCUUAUAAGGAAAAUCCUGAAUUUAAGGAAAUGAUGACGCAUUUAAUAAAAGCUAGGUAUCCUAAUAUAGUUUGGAAAAAACCCCCAGAUAUUCAACCUGAGCAAACUAGAAGACCUAUAUGGAAUAAAUAUAAACUAAGUAUGAUUAGAUAUCUCAAAAAUCGGGAACAGACACAUUGUUGGGUAAGUCAUCCUAAAAGUCAAGAAUAUUUUAAUUUAAUUGAGAUAGAACUACCUAAAAUUAGGGAAAUUCAAAAGAAACAUGAAAUUCUAAUAAAUACUGUAACAAACUAUCAAAUAUUAAUUUGUAGAGUAGGAAUGAUGAGUAGAUAUUAUACAGCUCAAGUAGAAAAAAUUAUUAGGAAGAAUUUUAUUUAUGGAAUAGAUUUAGUUGAAUCAAUAUUUCUGAAGACAUCUAGUAAUGAUCUAUUUCUACAAAAUAAUAACUUGGAUAUAGCAGGUCAUACAGAAAAGAGUCAAUUUGAAAGAUUAUAUUGGACUAUUAAACAAGAAACUGAAGAUCCUUCAAAUACUGUAAACUUUCUAGCUGACAUUCAAUUAUCUAAUAUUCUCCCAUCUACUUGA